AUGGCGUUUCCCAGUGGAACUACAUAUCACGCAGAUUCUGAUGCCGACGAUGAAUAUGAGAGAAGUGUCAUGACUUCACCAACCCAAUUGCAUACCGACUCCGAAACGUCGUCGGAACUUCCUUCAAAUGAGCACACUCCCACCACCUUUGAGAAUUCGGGCGAAGAUCCAAAUUUGCCUAGGACCAUAAUAACAGAAUGGACGCCAGAAGAAUGUGCGCAAUUUGUGUCGAGUCUGAAUCUGCGGCAGUAUUGUCAAGCUUUUAUCGAACAUGGCAUUGAAGGUGAAGCCCUUGUGGCGCUCAAGCAUGACGAACUGAAAGAGAUGGGUAUAGCUAGUGUUGGGCACAGAUUGACCAUCCUGAAAAAUGUCUAUGACAUGAAAGUAAACCAGGACAUCCCCAUAGAACCGGAUGAUUAUGUACCUCCAACUGCCGAGCAGAACCCCCAGCAUGAAAUGGCGACAAAAGAGGAAAUUUCACGGCUAGCAAAAUCAAUCCUCCGUCUACGUGAUGAGCGAAUUGCACAAGCAGAGGCCCAGUUGACAAGACUGGCGGAUGACUAUCGCAAACUGCGUCAGGAGUUACUGCCCGUUUUCAAGAUGGCCAAAGAACGCUCCGAACCACUGCCUUAUGCACCUUAUCAAAAUGCCGCUAUCAGCCCAGAAAUGUAUCAGCAAGAUGUCUCUCCCCCCAUUACCACACAGUCAGUGCCGGAGAAGACCAGCCUGACACGGACGUUCUCGAAAAAGCUGGGACUAAGCUCGACCCCCAAGAACAAUUCUCCUACACACAUACCUAACACGAUUCAUGAGGGUAGGACCCUCACAGAGAACUCCUCGCUGGAUCCUUCAGCAGCGGCCAACCUGGCAUCGAACUCACUAACGGCGUCAAUGUCAGGUGGGGUAUUACCGCAUCCUUCUCCGGGAGUACCUUCGCCCACCUCACCUUUACCGUACCAGCAUCAACCUCUUGCGCCUCGUUCAUAUCAGCGUGAAGGCAGCAGCGCCAUCCCAAGAUAUGACGGUGUUGAUGAUGCUGCCGCGCGAAUCAAUCAAGUCACUAUUGAACGUGAUCCUCCCACCUCUGCCAAAUCCGUCUCCGCGAAGCUAAACCCAUCGAAUUCCACGAUAUCAAACGCAUCUACUCUAGUACCUCCCCGAGAACAGUCUGCUUCGGUGCCCCCUCAACUCCCAUCAAGUGCUGCCACGGGUCACACUCCUGGCGAAGCUCCCUCGGUCGAAAUAUUCAAAUCUUUCCGUGUAGGUCUUGAGGAUCCAUGCUACAAAGUUCUACCAGCCGCACUACGAAAAUACAAUAUUCAAGCAGACUGGCGGCAAUAUGCAUUAUAUAUUGUUUACGGCGACCAAGAACGCUGUGUGGGACUUGAAGAGAAGCCAUUAGCUCUGUUCAAAGAUCUGGACCGAGAAGGUAAAAAACCCAUGUUUAUGCUCCGGAAACUGGCGAAUCCAAUAGUGGACAUGUCCAGUGCCGCAGGAGGGUCGAAACCCGGAGGAUCGGGCGGAGGUGGUACAGGACUCCCAGGCACCGGGGGUGUAAGAACCGUGCCAGCUCAGAAUCUACCGGGCGGCGUACUGUGA